CACCACACUGCUGCUGCUGCUGCUGCUGCUGCUGCUGCUUCGUCCUCUGACUCCGACACAUUUAUCAGAAUGAUGGAUGCAGCCGAUGAGAUGGACGAAGACGAACUCCUGGACUACGACGUUCAGAUGAGCAUUCAGGACUCGUGUCAGCGGGAACGUCUGAAAGGAUCGAGGAGGAGUGAAGCUCUGACGCUUGUGGAGGCCAUUAACCAAGGUGACAAGUCGGCUCUGCAGGAGCUCUGUGAUUUCCCAGCAGCCUUCAGUCAGGUGGAUGACAGCGGCUGGUAUCCUCUGCACCGAGCGGCGGUCCAACCUCAGGUCCAGGUCCUGGAGACGGUGCUGUACGCGUCUUUCAGUCUGACUCUGGAGGAGAAGACUUCAGAUGGUGACACCUUCCUGACUUUAGCCGUGACAGCUGGUUUGGUGGAAAAUGUGAAGAUGCUGCUGGAGCACGGAGCUUCUCCUCACACCACCAACAGCAGGAAUGAAUCUCCUCUGCUUUUAGCCGUCAGAGCCGGAUCUUAUCAGAUGGUCUCCGGUCUGAUACGAGGAGGAGCUCGGGUGGAGCAGGUGUGUCUGAAGAAGUGGACGGCCAUGCACGAGGUGUCCAGGACCGGCUGCGUGCACGUCAUGGAGCUCCUGCUGCAGAAUGGAGGUCGGGUUUCGGAGACGGACCAGCAUGGGGUGACUCCUCUGGGCAUCGCUGCAGAGUACAGCCACGCUGAAGUCCUGGAGCUCCUCAUCAAGCACGGUGCUGACGUGAACGCCCAGGCACCAAACGGCGACAGCGUCCUGUACGACGCCGCAGGCUCGGGGAACCCAGACUGCAUCGACAUCCUGCUGCAGCACGGAGCGAAUCCCAACAUCCGCAACCUGAGCUCCCAGCUGCCCAUCCACCACGCUGCAUACGAGGGACACUACCUAGCUUUGAGGAUUUUGAUCCCCAUCACCACUCGACGGGCCCUGCGGCUGUCGGGUCACAGCCCCGUCCACUCCGCCGCUGACGGAGGCCACGUCCACUGCCUGGAGCUCCUGCUGCAGAAAGGUUUCGACGUCAACGCGCUGUUAGCGCCUCACAUCUCAGAAAACUACGGAGACAUGAGGAGAAGCCCGCUGUACUUUGCUGUCUCCAACGGGGACGCCACCUGCACUGAGAUGCUGCUGAAGUCGGGAGCCAAACCCGACCUGGACCCUCUGCGCUGCCUCCUGGUGGCGGUCCGGUCGGGGCGCUACGAGAUCGUGAAGCUGCUGCUGGCGGCGAAGGCAGACGUGAACUGUUACUUCACGGCGGUGAACGACACGGUGUUUCCCACAGCGCUGAUGUACUGCCUGAAGGACGAGGUGAUGAUGAGGCUGCUGCUCAACAACGGCUACGAUGCUGAGAGGUGUUUCAGCUGUAACCAUGACGACGGCUGGGAGGACUCCCAACAUCCGGAGGAAAAAGUUGCUUUCUGUGACUUCGUCAGCGUCUCCUGGCUCCUGAACCUGGUGGGCCGAGUCGUGUCGAUCCUCCUCGAGUACGUCGGGCAGGUUUCUCUCUGCAGCAAACUGACCAAGAUCCUGCAGAAACACAAGGAGUGGCCUCACAUUCACACGACCACAGGUAACCCUCGCUCUCUGUGUCACCUGAGCAGAGUGGUGAUCAGGAAACACCUGAGCUGCAGCGGUCUGAUGUCUCUCCAGCUGCCCACCAGGCUGAAGGAAUACCUGCUGUUCAAGGAGAACGACCUGUACGCCAAAAUCAUCUGCAGGGAGGAGUGAAGAGAGGAGCUCUGUCUUAUCCACUGAGUCUUAGCCACCAACUUCAAGAGUUUUAUUCCCGAGUCUGUGAGCAGGAGUACAACGGUAACAGUGACGGGUUUUAACUUUUCAUUGAAUCAAAAUGUUCAGCUUCAAAGGGCAUUAACUAGGAUUUCCAUUUUCCCAGCUGAUGCACAAAGUACCUGCAGUUAGUUACUGAUUGGUUGGUGAUGUUCAGACUGAGGCAGGUCGGCCUCUCAAUUACUGUCAACUCGCAGAUAAAAGCCGGCGUCUGAACGUCAGAGGAUAAAAGUGAAACUCACUUUCAGAACAGGGAGGUGAUCAUCACUAAAAUAUGAUCCACAAUUCUUAUCAAAGCAUGUGAAUUUAGAAAUAGCAGCCCGUCUCAUAUAAAAGUGUGGUGGAGGUAAACAAAGGUUCCAGUAAAUACUGAGAAUCAUCAGUAUUGUGAAAUAAGUUUCAUGUUUCGAACAGAUGUAAAUAUAUUUGUACAGUCUUUUAUUAAACGUUUGUGUUAUUAUGAUGUACUGCCUGGGAAUCAUGACUGUGUUAGAAGUUUAUUUAUCUUAAUUUA